GACCGCGUCAGAAACCACUUUACGCGUCGACGACAUCAGCAUUUUUUGAUAUCAGCGACAUUUUUUGCGGAUUAGAUCUCGUUACUUGGCGAUUUAUCCCAAUCCUUUGUCCCUGAGAGCCUGUUUCUUCUCUUUGCGUGCGUAUUAAGUUCAAGGACAAAGCGGAUUGGAUUGUGGAGCGCGUGUUACGUGUGUGACAAUACUGGCACUCACUUGCUUUGCGGCGCGGAAAAGUUAAGCUUUGAAAGGAGGCCUGUGGGUGAUAUAAGAAGUGAUUUUUCGAUCGGAGACGGCUUCAAAAAUUAGGGGCUGAACUGUGCGCUUGCGAACGAAUCCUCCAUAGAAACGUUCGACUAAGCUUUGGAAUAAUUCCACCAAGGAUCACCCAUUCCAGCACUGCAUGCGCUGCAUGAAGAUAUACGAAUAUAUCCAAACUUGCGAGGGUUGUUGAUUUCUAGCGUCACAAAGCAUUUGCAUGCCAGAGCCUAGCCAUGGCCCCAAAAUCAACGGAAGAUGACUCGAUGGAGUCUCGGACACCUACAACAGCGCCGUCCUCCCCACCUGACGUCGGAGUGGAAGAACCGCCGGCAACCAGCAAUCUUCUCAAUGACGAGCAGCUGAAGCAGAUUGGUGCCGAGGAAAAGAAGGCCCAUCUGCAGAACAGACGAACAGAGCUUGCCCGCCAGAAACGAUUGGCGGCAAAGAAAAGUCGUGUUCUGGGCAAGGAAGCUGCAGAGGCCAAAGCACGCGAACUAGACGAACUGUUAGCCAAGAGUGCGGCAUUUUCGAAUAUUCUCACGAAGAAGACGCAAGUCCUCGGUCGAGUCGGGAGCGGCUUCGAUGGGAAAGCACUCGGCGAGCAUGAUUUGGAAAUGGCUCAGCAGCCGAAGAUCAUGAGCGGCGGUACGAUGCGCGACUACCAGCUCGAAGGUUUGACGUGGAUGUAUGAGAUUUGCGCGCAGGGCAUGAGUGGCAUCCUGGCCGAUGAGAUGGGUCUGGGAAAGACCAUCCAGACGAUAUCGCUUAUUGCGCUGCUGCGAGAAAAAGAGAAAUAUCUUGGUCCUCAUCUCAUUGUUGCGCCGCUUAGCACGUUAUCGAAUUGGGUAGAGGAGUUUCAGAAGUGGACGCCGACCGUGCCGGUUUUGCUAUAUCAUGGCGACCCAGCGAAACGAGAGGAGCUAAGGACGACAAAGAUCACUAAACAUCUGGAGAACGGCAGGCCAACGUCAAAGUUUCCGGUUGUGUGUACGAGCUAUGAUAUUAUAUUGAGGGAUAAGAAUUACUUGUCGCAUAUUAACUGGGAGUUUAUCAUAAUUGACGAGGGGCAUCGGUUGAAGAACUUCAACAGCCAGCUAUUCCAGGAGUUAAGGAAGUUUACGUCAGCUACUAGGUUGCUGAUUUCGGGAACGCCACUACAGAAUAACCUCAAAGAGCUCUGGUCCUUGCUCAACUUUCUCCUCCCAACCGUGUUUGUGGAUUGGGAAGCCUUCGAGUCAUGGUUUGACUUCAGUGAUCUACAAGACGAGGAGGGGACAGAGGAGUUUAUUGCCGACCAGAAGAAACAGGAGCUUGUGAAAAAGAUACAUCUAGUUUUGCAACCUCUCUUGCUACGCCGUAUCAAGGCCGAUGUGGAGCAUAUGCUUCCCAGGAAGCGCGAAUACGUUUUAUACGCACCGAUGACGGAGCAGCAGACCGAGUUGUACGAUAUUCUAUCGGAUAAAAGCCAAGAUGCUAGAAAAUAUCUGGAAAACAAGGUCGUCGAACGCAUUACAGGAGCAAGAAACGCAUCUAAAGGGUCUACAAAAACUACAACUAAAGCCGCAAGAUCAACAGCACCACCCAAAGUUGAAUCUGACAGUGAGGAGAAGGUUCCCCUUAGCGUCUCCAUCCGCACUCGCAAGGCAAAGGCAGAACUCGAGCAAAAACCAGCCACACGCCUAAAUGCGUUUGAGAUGAUGAUGGUUGGUAAGAAGAAGGCAAUGCCGCCACGGACCCCAUCAAAAGCCAGUCUCAAACGCAAGUCCUCAGAUGAUAGUAUUGCGUCUUCUGCCAAAAGCAUAAAGUCGAGCCGCCAAUCAACGCCAGCCACAGCCUCUAAGUCGAAACCCAAGCGCAAAUCCUACAAGGAAGCAGAUGCCUCCGAUGAGGAUAAACUGAGCGACGACGAAUUCGAGGCCAAAUUGGCUGAGGAGCUGGCAGAAGCUGACAUAGCUAGCUCCUCCGAUUCCGACGACGAAUCUCGCGAGCUCGCCAAAACCCUCGAGAUGGCAAAGCGCGAGAUUGCUACGAAGAAGCUUGGCAACCCGCUGAUGCAGUUGCGCCUUGUAUGCAACUCACCCCACAACUUCUACAACCCCUGGUCUGCAGACUCCAAGAUGCCCAUCGACGAAACCCUCGUCUCCUCUAGCGGGAAAAUGCUCCUUCUCGACCGUCUGCUCAAUGCACUAUUCGCCGCAAACCAUAAAGUUCUGAUCUUCAGCCAGUUCAAGACCCAGCUUGACAUACUCGAGGACUAUGCGCGGGACCUGCGCAGUUGGAAUGUAUGCCGCAUCGACGGUGGCGUGGCACAGGACGACCGACGCCAGCAGAUCAAGGACUUCAAUGGGGACCCCGAACAUCGGCUAUUUCUGCUUAGCACGCGUGCUGGUGGACAGGGCAUCAACCUCGCGAGUGCGGAUACAGUCGUGCUAUUUGAUAGCGAUUGGAAUCCGCAGCAGGAUCUACAGGCUAUUGAUCGCGCGCAUCGGAUUGGGCAGACACGGCCAGUGGUUGUGUUCAGACUUGCGACGAAGGGGACGGUGGAGGAGGAGCUGUUGAUGAGUGCGGAUGCGAAGAGGAGGCUUGAGAAGCUUGUUAUUAAGAAGGGGGGGUUCAGGACUAUGGGUCAGAAGAUGGAUAAUAGGGAGGAUUUGGAUGAGGCGGAGUUGAGGAAGCUGUUGUUGCGGGAUGGACAGGUGUAUACGUAUAAGGGUGGUGGUGAGAUUCUGAGCGAUGCGGAUCUGGGGGUCUUGUGCGAUAGGAGUGAGGAUGCUUAUAUAAGGGCGGAGCAGGGGCUUGGGAAUGCGGAGGGCUUCAAGAUUGUGGAGACGAAGGAUGGUGGACUGCUGGUUGGAGGGGAGAUGAAGUGAUAAAAAUGAAGCACAGCUUCUACGAGUGCUUGCGAGGGGUUUUAUACCAACGAGUUACUAUUGGUAGUGUGGAGUAUAUAUGAAUUUAACGAGCUGAGGGCCAAUGUAAACGCAAAGGUAGCAUAUGAUAAGAAGUAAUACUAUGAACCUAAAUAUAUACUAUGAAUCCC